UGUGGUGUAUGGGUUUUCAUGUUACAGUCAACGAGGCUCUUUUGGGUGUUGCAGAGAUUUGAGUUCAGUGUCCGUUACAAUUACCAUUACCAUUACCAUGUCCUCCGAUUCCAUUCCUGAAAAUGAAAACCUCAUCCUUUUAGGGUGUGGAUCAGUGUCAAUUGAUUUGUUGGCCACUGUUGCUGCUUAUCCCAAACCUGAUGAAAAAAUCAGAAGCACUUCUUUCAAGGUUGAAGGAGGUGGCAAUGCAGCAAAUGCUCUAACCUGUGCUGCUCGCUUGGGACUCAAGCCAAGGCUUAUAUCCAAGGUUGCAGAUGACACUCAUGGCAGGGCCAUAAUAGAUGAAUUACAGGCUGAUGGUGUUGAUACAUCUUCUAUAGUGGUAUCCGAGGAAGGGACUUCACCAUUUACUUAUAUCAUUGUGGACAGUCAAACGAAGUCCCGUACUUGUAUACAUACCCCAGGAUUUCCUAAACUGAUGCCAGCUGAACUUCCUGAAUCAACUUUGUUUUCUGCAUUGAGCGGAGCAGGAAUUGUUUUUUUGGAUGGGAGGCUGCAUGACACUGCGUUGGUUGUUGCACACGAGGCAGUUAGGAAGAAUAUACCUAUCUUAAUGGAUGCCGAAAGGCUCAGAGAAGGGCUUGAUGAUCUCAUUCAAUUGGCCGAUUAUCUUACAUGUGCAAUGCGUUUUCCUCAGGUAUGGGCAGGGGCAACAACUAUUCCAAAAGCACUCGUUUCUAUGGUUUUAAGGUUACCCAAAGUCAAAUUUGUGAUUGUAACUCUGGGAAAAGAUGGAUGCAUAAUGCUUGAGAGAAGUGUUGAUGAGGGUGCUUCAAGGGAAGAAGCGGAUGUGGACAUAUUACUAGAAUCUCUGGAGAUGAAAAGGAAUAGGAGCACAUACAUGCCAACCUGCAUAUCAUCGCCAGUGACAAAAUUGCAGGCAGAAGGCAUAGGAACAGUUUGUGGAAGGUUAUAUGUUGGAACUGCCGAGAACAUACCACCAUCUGAGCUAAUUGAUACAACUGGUGCUGGAGAUGCAUUUGCUGGAGCUGUUCUCUAUGCUCUCUCUGCCAACUUUUCAAGGGAGAACAUGCUGUGCUUUGCUGCUACUGUGGCGGCAGCAAAGUGCAGAGCUCUAGGCGCACGAAGUGGCCUUCCACACCAUACAGAUCCGAGACUAGAAUCAUUCAUGCAGUAGAUUUUUAUCUUUGGUUGGUUAAAAUCAUAUCGGAUAUGGCUUGAAGUUCAGUUUCAUCACAGUUGGAAGAGUGAGAGGUCCAGCUUAAUAUGCUUAUGCUUUUACCUUUUACUUGUUAAUGAAAUCAUUUGAUUUUGUUAUUACUCAGCAUAA